AUGUCAAAGAUAUACAGAAUGUAUACUAAACAGGGAGUUUUAGUUUUCAUGGGAUUUGCUUUUGAUUUCCUCUCCGUCAGCGGACAAACUGUCAAUUUACCCAACAAAGUAACAAUACCUGAAAACACGGAAACCGGAGUCACAAUAUUUACCAUAAAGGGUGAAAAGACUAGCUUUGAAUUAGUCAACCAAUAUCCAGAGGUCACUUCCGAAGUUCUAGAAUACGACGCUAGAGGACAAGUCAUUAAGAUAAGGAGUGGCAAUUUAUUCGAUUAUGAGGGAGAACACAGGACCUACGUAAUGCGAUUUCAGGAAACGUCUACUGAAAUACCUACCCCUGAUCUGAUAUUGGUGAUAGAGGUAGAGGACGUGAAGGAGGCCUCAGACACGGGAAGCUUGUCCUCUGGUUCCUCAGGUUGCUGUGAUGAUAUCAGCACAAUAAGAUGGAUGGUCCCCGCCUUCACCGCUGUUGUGUUGUUCGUUUUGAUUGUGAGCUGUUCAAUUUUAUUAAUAUGCAUUUUAAAAACGAAGAACCGCAUCACAGUUGAAAAUUGAAAGUGAAAAACUACGUACAAUGUAUGUAAAUAUAUCUACAAAGUGUACUUUCAUACCAGUACCAACUCCAAUGACC